AUGGUGGCCAAGAGUCUGCUCCCAGUAUUCGGAGGGAGCUCAUCCGUUUGGACAACCUGUAUGUUGUUCUACCAGACUGUGCUGCUGCUUGGGUACUUGUACGCGCACUUUGUGAUGAAGCGUGUCUCGCGCCGCAUGCAACUCAUGGGACAUAUCGCGAUGCUGAUCAUCGCACUCGCUGCGGGGAUUCUCUUCGAUACGCCCGAAGCACCACCCAGUGCGACGACCUUUCCCGUGCCUUGGUUGAUUCUUCAGCUCGCUCUCGUCUCAGGCUUGCCGUUCUUCAUGAUCUCCAGCGCCGGACCACUGGUGCAGGGAUGGUUCGCUCGCACGGGUCACAGCAAAGCACAUGACCCAUACUUCCUGUACGCGGCGAGCAACGCCGGGAGUUUCUUUGGUCUGCUUGCGUAUCCAUUCUUGAUCGAGCCAACACUGGGGCUUGAUUCUCAGCGAGAAGUGUGGCUCAGUGGAUUCGGGGUCUUCAUCGUGCUGAGUUUCGGCGCGAUCCUGAUGACGCGGAAAGGUGCGAAGGAUGAUCCGCAUGCUCCACCUCCAGAGGUGCUCGCGCCGCCGGAGGAUACUGAGCAGACACAAACGACUGAUCUGCCGAUCACUUGGUCUCGCCGUUUGCGUUGGGUCUUUUAUGCCUUUGUUCCUUCGUCGAUGUUGCUUGGGGUGACGAGUCACAUCACGAUGGACAUUGCUUCGUUCCCGCUGCUCUGGGUGUUGCCACUCGCAGUGUAUCUGCUGACCAUGAUCAUCGCAUUCGCGGUGGACGCCGAGAAGUUUGUCGCCGUGAUCCGUAGACCGAUGGUGAUCGCGGUCAUUGGCGCGACGGUAUUGGUACUCGCGUCAGAGGCUCAGAACUAUGCUCCGCUUCCUGCGUUGGUCUCGGUCCAGUUGAUUCUGCUUGCGCUUGUUGGACUGACGGGACACGGGCUGCUCGCGAAGGAUCGGCCGGGAGCAGAACAUCUCACUGAGUUUUAUCUGAUCAUGUCGAUCGGCGGCGCAUUGGGUGGGGUGUUCAACGGGAUCGUCGCUCCGCUCUUCUUUGAAACGACCCUCGAAUACCAGAUCAUGCUGAUCUGCGCUGUCUCACUGAUUCCCUGGCGCUCUAUCCGAUCAUUGAAUGAUCAGAAAUCCAAAAACACCGCAUUGCUCACACGCUAUGGGCUUCCGCUCUUUAGUAUUUUGUACAUGGUGGUCAUGGGGUUGUUUGUCAGUGAUUUGAUCGACCUGUUACCGAUCACAAUGAGCGAUCGACCAAUCGCACUAUUCGGAUUCAUUGUCAUUGUUCCAGCGGUACUCAUCUACCUUGCGUGGAGUGAUGGGCUCGCGUGCAUGCUCGUGCUUGCAGUGCCGUUGAGUGCUUCGGUCUAUGACAAACUGACCGAUCCACGGAUCCAGUAUCGGAGCCGAACUUUCUACGGCGUGUUGAGUGUAGUUGACGAACAGUUUUACGAUCCGGAAAUCGACAGAUUGAUGACAGUACGAACCAUCAUGCACGGCACCACCAAUCAUGGUGUGCAAUACCUCGACGAUGCAUUCAAGGAUGUGCCGUUGGGGUAUUACCACACCAAUGGUCCAUGCGGCAUGGGGAUCCGUGCGCUCAAGGAGACGAAACCCGACGGAGCGCGCAUCGGGAUCGUGGGGCUUGGGUCCGGAGCAAUCACGGCGCACGGGCGAGCAAACGAUACAAUUCGGUACUUUGAGAUUGAUCCGGAAGUCGCGGACAUCGCGCAGGAUCCCGAGUUCUUCACCUACUUGUCAGACGCUGAGUGCGAAGUUGAUGUAGCGCUCGGAGAUGGACGGCUGCUUUUGGAGGAAGAACGACGGAUUGGUGAAGAUCCAUACGACAUGGUGCUCAUCGACGCGUUCAGUUCUGACGCGAUCCCUGUUCACCUACUGACAGAUGAAGCGAUCCAGCUUUACUUUGAUCGAUUGAACGAUGAUGGGAUUAUCUUGCUCCAUGUAUCGAAUAGGCAUCUCAGAUUCCAGCCAUUGGUAUUCGAACUGGGCAGGAAGCACAAAGCGUAUGUGAUGCGCUAUGAACAGCAGCGUGAUGAGAUCCCAGAUCACAUGGAAGAUUACUGGUUCCCAUCUAUCUGGAUCGCGUUGACCAAGGAUACAACGAGCGCUCAAGCGCUCUUGGAUGCCGGCAUGUUCCAGCAAGGGGAACCAAUGUUUGAUGUCCGACUCUGGACGGAUGAGUAUUCGAAUAUCCUCUCGCUUUUCCAAUGA